AUGAUCGUCUCGCAAUUACUCCAUGACAAGGCCAGCAUCGCAUCGUGCGCUUUGGUGUCGCGCAACUGGAAUUGCUUUGUCCGACAUCGACUAUUCGAAACCAUCCAGGUCAAAGAAACCGCGGAUGGAUUUUGCGCGUUCAUGGAAUUUCUGGAGGCGUCGCCACACAUUCUGCCACGCGUACGGACCUUAGGCUUGAUAGGCAAGCACCCGCGCCAGACUUCGUCUCUUUGCGUGCACGUUCUCGCGUGCAUUCUCUCGAGACUGCCCAAUCUGCGCGAAGCGAGCUUGACUGACGUGAGGAUCCCGAGCCAUUGUUCUUGUGCUUCGCCCUGGUGCGCUGAGGAGCUGCUCGUAAACCUUGAACACCUCCAUCUCAGUCGUAUCUGGUUCACGUCACCUAAAGUCGUCGUGGAUUUCUUCGCUCUCUUCUCUGAACUGGACAGAUUGUCCCUGCACCACUGCGGCUGGAUGGACGUGUCCUUUGCUGGCACCUGGGACGCUUUGAUGAAAGGUCUUCUCUCGCGGCUCCGAUUGCACUCCCUCCAGAUGGACUAUUUUUUCUUGAACACGCUAGAACAUUUCUUGUGCGAGUUUCUUUCGAGGACUCGAUCUACCGGUACGCUGCACACAGCAACGGUGAGCUUCUAUGACUACGAUGCUGUGACGGCCUUUGGGAAGUUACUGUCAGACGUGUGUCCGAAUAUUCGCCACCUCAGGCUGCAUUUGCCUAUGGAAAAUGCGCCCAAUGACAAGGAGACCCGCAUUUUGUCAUCACGUCUAGACAUCCGUUAUCUUCUCUUAACCAAACCGGUACACUGGGACAUCGAUUUCGAUCCGCUCGCGCUCGUACGUGAGAUCCUCGAAGACGUUAGCUCCACCCUCCGCAGCCUUACCCUCCGGCUCAGAUGCUACACUUACUGCGACGUGAGUAGCGUGCUCGCCGGAUUGGAAUACAAUAUGCACUGGGGAGCGUUGUCGGAGAUACUGUACCAGUUCACCGAGCUCAAAGUCCUGUCUCUCGAGUUUGAACGCGACGGAUUCUGGCCGGCGGAUCUGGACAAUGACAGCUGCCGCGAUCUGGUGGAAGCAAACAUCCCUAAUUUCCUUAAGCAAGGCGUGUUUCGCUGCUCGUUCGCGAAGGGCAGGCUGGAUCUGUAG